AUGUCUCAGGAACCUAGGACGCGCUCUCUUUUCCUGAUCCUUUUUCUGAGCCAUGGAGUGGCAGGUCAGAAAGCUUCAAAUUCCUGGCAGGAUUUGCAUCCAUUGUUGCAAAAAAUGGCGGAAGAAAUAAUAGAGGGAAGCUAUCUGAAUGCAUUACUGGAUCUCAUACAGUUUCAAAGUGCUCACGGGUGGACGGCCGACCUGUCCCACCACAUCCUGGAUUACCUGAAUUCCCGGAAUGUUGCCUUCACCCUUCCCAGCCUGCAGGCAGCUAUGGAAAAUCAUCUGCAGCAGCGACUGUACCAGCCCCAGAAGCUACUGGCGGACCUGAGGAAAGCCAAUGCUCAGCAGUUCCACACUGCCAUGAAAUGCCUCUUGGAAGACAAGCAGGACCACUUGGACCUGAAGGACAUUGUCAUUGACCUGAGAGAGAUGCGGGAGCGAGCCUUGCAGAGUCCUGGUGUGAACCGCAGCCUGUUUCUCAUCACGCUGGAGAGGUGUUUCCAGGUGCUGAGCCCCCUGGAGUGUGUGGAGAUCCUGGGCAGGGUGCUGAGGGGGUCCUCAGGCAGCUUUCUCCAGCCAGAAGUCACUGAGAGUCUUCCCCGGUACCUGCACAAGGAUGCCUUUAAAAACCUAUCAGCCGUGUUCAAAGAUCUUUACGACCGAACCUCAGCUCACGCCCAGAGGGCCCUGUACUCCUGGAUGACGGGGAUCUUGCAAACACCCUCACACGCCCCCGAUGAUUCUGUUUCAUGGGUCAGCGCAGAAAACUUAUGGAUUUUGGGAAGAUAUAUGGUUCACCUACCCCUUCAAGAAAUUAUGAAAAUUAGUUCUAUAGAGAUCGGGCUGUUUAUCAGCUAUGACAAUGCCACCAAGCAGUUGGAUACAGUGCAUGACAUCACUCCUGAACUGGCCCAAGCAUUUCUGGAGAAGAUUAGCUCCUCCAGCUUCGACAUGAGGGACACCUCGACCAUCCACAGGCUGGGGCUGCUGGUUUGUUUCUACGAUGACCUGGAGCUGCUGGACGCCACGCUGGCCCAAAUCCUCCUUCACCAGAUGAUCAAGUGCAGCCACCUGCGGGGCUUCCGCGCCCGUGUUCAGAAGCUCAAAGCUGACCUCCUGGACAUCGCCACAGAGAGCCAGACCCUUAACGAGACCCUGGGCUCUUUGUCAGAUGCUGUCGUGGGUUUGACCUCUGGUCAGCUGCAAUCUCUGUCUCCUGAGGCCGUGCACGCUGCCGUCUCCACCCUCAGCCAGGUCUCGGGUUGGGCCAAGAGCCAGGUCAUCAUCUUGUGUGCCAAGUACUUGGCCCAUGAAAAGGUGCUGUCCUUCCACAGUGUCAGCCAGAUGGGCGUGCUGCUGGCGGGGGUUGGCACCCAGGCCUUCCACGACAUGGACCGCAGGGACCUCGUGCAGGUCCUGAGAAGCACAGUCUCCCAGCACCUGUCAGAUCUGUCGCCUGCCCAGCAGCACGGUGUCCUCAGCAAGCUGAAUGGAGAAGCGGACACUGCCCCCAGCAUUGCGGAGCUACAAGGGGCUCUCUUUAAGGAAGUGUCUCUCUUUGACUUAAGGAGAGAACCCCAACUCAACUUGACACUGCUGAAGGAGAAGGAGCUUCGGAGCAGCCAGGCCUUGUUUCUAUAUGAGCUCCUGUCAAAGGUGACCGGAAGGCCCGAGGAACUCCUGAGUGUGGGGCAGCUGGUCAAAGGCGUGACAUGUGCCCACAUUGAUGCCAUGGAUGCCAGCUCCUUCCUGGCCCACUUCCGGUAUUUCGAGAACAAUCUCUCCCUGCUUUCACCAGCUCAGGUUAAUUGCUUGGCGUGGAAACACUGGGACAUUUCCAGGUCGACUAUUCCGCUGUUCCUUUUGGCUACACUUCCGGCACGCUUCCUGGCUUCUGUCCCAGACUCCCAGUGUGUGCCCUUUCUGAUCAGCCUGGGGAAGAUUCAGUUGGACUCCUUGGUUUUAGAUCCACACAAAAAGAAUUUGGUCCUCAGGAAAGUCCAGCAGUGCCUGGACAAUUCCACUGCUGAUGAGUACAUCGUGGACAUCGUGGGGAACCUGCUCUGUCACUUACCUGCAUCCUUCAUCGAAAGGGGGAUCUCCCUGAGGGCCUGGGCCACUGCUCUGCACGGCCUCAGAGAUUGCCCAGACCUCAGCCCCAAGCAGAAGGCUGCGGUGAGGCUCAGGCUCCUGGAGCAGUGCGGACCCCCACAGAACUGGACUGUGGAGACUGUGAAGGACUCGGGACCUUUUCUCACACUCUUCUCAGGAGAUGAGCUACGUUCUGUGGCCAUGAAGUUUCCUGAUAUUCUUCAACAAACAGCUUGGAGGAUGGCUGGGAGCCGACUCCCUAAAGAGUUCCUCUGGGCUGUCUUUGAGUCUGUUCGGAACAGCAGUGAGGAGAACCCUAACUUUCAUGCCAUCCCUGGUUGCCAUGGAGUCUCUGCUCCCUCUUUUGAUAACAUCUUCAAGUUGGCCGAGGCCAAUGCCUGCUGGGCACCCGAGGUCCUCCGCUGCAUGGGAGAAGACACUUUCAUCAGGAACGUGGAGCUGCUGGGCACUGUCAGAGGAUUCAGCCGGCCCCAGCUGAUGGUCCUGAAGGAGAAGGCGAUCCAGGUCUGGGCUUCGCCUUCCCGCUGGAGAGGACACCACGUGGUCUCCCUGGGCCGGAUCGCUCUGGCUCUUAAUGAGAGUGAGCUGGGACAGCUGGACCUCAGCUCCAUCGACACCGUGGCUUCUCUGAGCCAGCUGACAGGGUGGACCUUAGGGCAGGCUAAAUCCAUUCUUCAAGGGUUCCUCCAGGAUUCAGGCUAUGGUAUCCAAGAUCUGAAGAGCUAUCAUUUGGUAGGCCUUGGUGCCAUCCUGUGUGCUAUGAAUGUUACCGAAAUCCCACUUAUAAAGGUCUCAGAAUUCAGGAUGGUGGUGGGCAGAAUUGGGACCUUGCCCUGUAGCAUCCAUGUCUUGGCUGAGUUGAAGAAGAAGGCAGAAGUUGUGUUCGGGGAGCCUUCUGGAUGGACCAGCUCUGUCUUGCAGGAGCUUGGGACCAUUGCAGCUGGCUUAACUAAGGCAGAGCUCCGAAUGUUCAACAAGGAACUGAUGCUGUAUUUCCAGCCAUCAGCAAUAAAAUGCCUUCCUGAUGAGAUAUUCAAAGAGCUGUCCGCUGCGCAAAUAGCCUCCUUGGGCCCGGAGAACGCCGCCGCGGUCACCCCCGCCCAGAGCCGGCGGCUCAGCGCGUCGCAGCUGCAGAGCCUGCAAAGCGCCUGUCUCCCGGGGCCUUUGGUUUGGCUGCUCCCUGCUGCUUCUCAUGGCCCAGACCUGGUGGUGAGUGGCUUGAUGUUCAGCCCAUCCCUGUCCAGAGCAGGUGGCCGAGCCGUAUGGAGACAAAGGAUGCUUCUGACUGUGCCAGACCUUGGCCUGGACUCAGAGCCUCAACGAGGGCAGUGA